AUGUGGGAGUUUCCUGUGGAUCUGGUAACCGAGAUUCUAAUCAGAUUGCCAGAAAAGUCUUUGAUGAGGUUCAAGUGCGUCUCAAAGCAGUGGUCAUCCCUCAUCUCUUGUCGAUAUUUCUGCGACCGUGUGUUCACACUCACACGACAAAAACAACAACAGCCACGUUUAUACAUGUCUUUAGUGGAUGACGACGGACAACGUGAACUGCUACCAAUGUCAUCAACGUCUCCAGACAACACAUGUUUCGUGGUCGACCAAGAUUUGAGCAUCCCAGGGAUGGGAGGCUUAUUCUUGAACGGUGCUCGUGGCUUGAUGUGUUUCUCUCGUAGAAAGAAAGCGUGUAUCUAUAACCCCAGCACCAAACAAAUCUUGACCUUACCCAGGGUAAAUCCCGACAUCAGAGCUGAACAAGGUCAACGGAAGCACCCUAACCGGUACUACAUCGGACACGACCCUGUUACUGAUCAAUACAAAAUCUUGUGCACAAUUAUGACAUCCUCACAGUAUUUUCGUUAUCUGAAUUCAGAGCAUUGGGUGUUCGUACUAGAAGCUAGAGGUUCGUGGAAAAAGGUUGUUACUCAUGAGAAUUAUCAUCCUCAUGCCCCUUUCACACUAGGACGGUCUAUCAGCAGCGGAUCAGUAAUACGUUAUAUGGCGUGGCGUGAUAACUACAACUGCGAAGUUGUGUGUUUCGACGUUAGGUCUGAAGAGUUAACUACCAUCCUAGUACCUCGGACCGUUGGUUUAUAUGUGCCUAUGCGUGUAUUUAAUCUGAAGGCGGAUCUUAUAGAGUAUGGUGGGGACAUAGCAAUUUUCGAACACAGCUACCUUCAAGAAGGGGGUGCGUCAGAGUUAUGGGUAUUCGAAACGGAAUGGACGAGGAAGAAGAGUCUGGUUUUGCAGCCUUGUCAAAGGCAUUUAGUCCAUGACGUUGAAUUGAUUGUAAAAGGUAUAACUCAAGACGGCAAGGUAAUCUUGGUACCGCCAUUGGAGAUGAGUCAUGGGUUCUACAUGUUGUGUUACGAUUUGCAAAGCAAUGACCUGAGGAAGGUUGAAAUCCAAGGAAUACCACAGUUUUGGUAUGACAAAGAGGAUGACAAAAAGAGCUAUUUCGACUUGAGUUAUAUUGACCAGAGUGAGAACGUCAUCUACUUGGAAACUUGA